GUAGUGGUGCAGCGAUGUCUUUUCAGCAACUCAGCUUUGCGGUGUUCUGUCACCUUUGUCCUCUGUCUCUUGGGCCCACGCUCCUUCCAUGAUACAUGCUGCUUCAACUUCAAGUGCUCUUGUCCGUAGACGUGAUGCAAGAAGAGGCGACGGUGAUCGUCAGCGAGCAGUGCAGAGAGCUGAGCGGUGUGGAAGGACAACGACAGACUUACUUUACGGGACGAGCGACAGGAAGUUUCGCCAUUACUUCGCCAUUGCCGAGCCACCGCGCUCUCACUCAGCAGAGACAUCUGUGUAUGACGAGUGUUGUUGUCGUGAGACAACGACCGACUUCUUUUACGGGACGAGCGAGAGGAAUUUUCGCGCCGACACGCUCGACCGCGUUCCGUACUUUGUCCUACGCGGCGAACUCCUUGUGUAACGGCAGAAUGGUAUCGAGAACUGCAGAUCUGCUGGGAUUGGGAAUGCCGACCUCACUACUGAUCAGCGUGGUGGUCGCAUCGUUGCUCAAUGCUGAGCUGGCGCGCUGUUACGGCGGCAGCCAACAUGUUCAUGCUUCUGAUGCUGCUGUCGGAAGCGUUGUUCCGGCGAUAUCGGAGUCUGACCACGGCGUUCCGCAUGGGCGAGCAAAGCGUCAAGAAUCGAUCUCUCCCCUCUUGGACAGAUACCGCGAAGAGUUUUAUUGGAGGAUGCAGAAAGAACCGCUGCGCUACGCCUACUGUAGCGUGUACGACUACCCGAUCACCAUUUUCCCCAACCUGCUUGGUCACGAAACUCAAGAAGAAGCCCAACGGGAACUGCGAGGUUUUGGCGAGCUCAUUGAGAGCAAGUGUUCAAGCGAGCUUCCGUUCCUUCUCUGCUCGUUUUAUUUUCCAAUCGCCGUGAACGGCAUGGUCAACCCUCUGGUGGCGUGCAAGAAUCUGUGCAAGAGAGUUCGUCGCAAAUGCAGCUACCUUUUGGCUCAGCAUGGCCUUCCCUGGCCAAAAUCAUUCAACUGCGAAGGCUUGCCGAGAGUGCCCGAGCUAGUAGUGGCCGACGAUGAUGAGGCAGUCAUGUGUUACAGGAGUGUCAAGUUCCUGACACCCAACACCACCCUGCUGAACACACCCCUACGUUCACUGACACCACCUCCAAGCUGCCCUGUGAUCAAUUCGGAGACGUGCACGCCGCUUCCUGCAACGAAAAAGUCCUUCUGCCGGCUGAAGCCGAUCAUCAACUGGGCUAUCCAUGGCGUGGUAAAGAAGCGCGUCAUUGAAGGGAAGAAGAUAUGUUACAAGGUAGCGGUGUACGAUAUCUUGAUCUUCCGUGGCAAGCUCCUCAAUGAGACAAGAACGAAGGAGAAGGCGUGGAAGCGCUUGGGCAGACGUUGGCCCGUGACAAACGGCAGCAUGACAGGGUUGGUCUGCACAAGCAGUUCAGCAGAGUGCCCAGCCUGCCCGAAACUGGAGCAAUACACACUGCCUGUGUCCAAUACGCCGAAGAAGGGCAAGCACGGCAAGAAGUUUGGAUUCCUCAUGGCUGGAGAGGAGGUACCACCGGAUAUGAAAAAGCUGACUUGGUUCUACAUUGCGUCUCCCAACACGACCAUCAUUGCACCGUACAAGACGCCUUUCCCUCGGCGACUGAUCAAAUGGCGGCAGCGCUGCGACUCGAAGAAAAACAACAAUCAAAAGUGAAAUGUGGAAAACGGGACGUGCUCCGCGCAGUCGCACAGCGCAUUGCCAGAUCCUUCCAUCCGUAACAGUUGUCCGGUAGCGUUGCUACCGUCAUUAGUGUAGUUUUAGCAUUCCAGUCACCAUCAUUUUGGUCCCGUCAAACUUGUUUAUUAUUACUACUUAUUCAACAUCCCCUGGCUCGUCGUAAGACUGCCAAUAUUUAUGAGAAGUUUACACCCGUAGAAACAUAAUGCAUGCAUUGGCACAUGGCCCUCAGCCUCUCAGGGUAGAAUAGGUACACAGUAUAACAUACUGCGUGCACUGUACUCCCUUUUUUUGGGGGAAUUUCAACAGCUGCCAUAUACUGUACCAUGAUAUACAAUACACGACUGUACAUCGGCACGUCGUCCCUACAUCCCCUGUGUCUUGUUUUGUGUUUAUGUCCACAUGUCUCUUUGUAGGGCUGUGCUCCUAAUAAAAAUAAAA